AUGGCAGGACAGCAGAAGACCCUGCCCUUCUUCCAGUCCAGUGCUGCUGAGUCUCCAGAUCCGAAGCAGAGUGGCUUUGAGUCUGAGGCUCAUGUAAUAGUCGACUCAGACGCCAUGGUCAGCGUCAGCGACGUCUCGUACUUUGCUGAUGUAGACUGGGAGCGCAGCUUGCGAGGCCGGCUCGAAGACGUGGUCCACUAUGGCUUGACAUUUCUGCCACACGAAGAGCUCUACUCUUUGGCGAUCCACAAACCUUUUCCGAAAGCGUGGCCCAUACGCGACCUACCGGGAUAUCUGAGCAACCGACUGAAGCAUGACCUAGUAUCGAGAUACGCAGACAGCGCCCCGCAGGAGAGCCGAGAUCUAUACUUGGGAUACGCAGAUGGAUUCUCAAUCCACAUCUGUCGCGCACUAGAAUACUGCUACACCCAGCAAGAUGAAUGGGACAAGAGAGAGGGUUUGUGGGUAUAUGCGCCAAGGCAGACGGAGCCGUCCACCCUCCGGCGACUUCCCAACCACAUCACCGGCCGCAUAAAAAUCGUCCUUGAGAUGCUGCGCAAGUGUCUAGGCCUAAGGAGACGGCCAAUUUCGGAGCAAAAUUCCUUCGAACGCGACCAGUUCGAAGAAGACACAAGACUGUGGGUUGCAAAUCAAGUCGAUAUCCAUCAGCCCGAGCAGACUAGCGAAGGCGUGGCAAGUCCAGAACGGAAAAUGAGCAUCAUCGCACUGAACGAGGAAUGGAGAAGAGAAGGGUACCAUGAACACCUGCUGCGAAGAUAUGUCUGGUACAGGAUGAUCAAGGACGCCCCGUCUCGACAGUACGAGGUCGAUUUCUUGGUCAGCCAGCUGUUCGACAAGCCGUGGGAAGCACGGCGCUGGGGCCGAUCGAAUGACAUGAACGAUGAGUCUGACCUCCGUAUUCAUCACGCCAGAUAG